AUGGCGGCCGUGACUAUGCCCGCCGAGGCACCCGAGACCGCCGCGAAGGAUGCGAAACAGGCGCCCCCCGAGGAUAACAGCCCGGAAAAGACCGGCAGCGAAGAGGAUGAGGAUGAGGUCGCGCUCGUCGACGAGCACAUCCUUGAGGAGGAGCGCAAGCUGAAGCACGAGCACGAGGAGCGCGUCAAGGCUGAGGAGGCCAAGCACAAGGGGGAGAAGGUGGAUCUCGACGAGCAGAAGUACAAACAGCUCAACGAGCUGCUCGACCAAACCACCUUCUACAGUAAGUUCCUCGCAGAACAGAUGGUGGACGGCGAAGAUGGCGGAGACGAGCCCAAGAAGAAGAAGGCCAAGACCAAGGCUGCGUCCAAGGAGGACAUUAAGAGUGAGACGCAGAGGCUCCUGCCCAUGAUGCGCGCAGAGCUGAGGGAGUACCAGCUCAAGGGCGUCAAGUGGCUCAUCGCGCUCUACCAGAACGGCCUCAACGGCAUCCUCGCGGAUCAGAUGGGUCUGGGCAAGACCAUUCAGACCAUCGGUUUCCUGAGCCACCUGAGGAGCAAAGGCAUCCUGGGCCCUUACCUUGUGAUUGGGCCGCUUUCCACCCUGCCCAACUGGGUGAACGAGUUCAACAAGUUCUGCCCUGAAUUCCCUGUCGUUUUGUACCACGGCUCAAAGCAAGAGCGCGCAGAGAUCCGUAACCGCAGGCUGCCCCUGUCCACUACGAUCAAGGACACCUUCCCGGUGAUCGUCACGUCGUUUGAGAUCGUCAUGGCUGACCGCAAAUUUUUGCAGAAGUACAACUUCAAGUACCUGGUUGUCGAUGAGGGACACCGCCUGAAGAACUUCGAUUGCAAGCUCAUUCGCGAGCUGAAGACCAUCCCAACCGCGAAUAAGCUGCUAUUGACCGGAACGCCGCUGCAGAACUCCCUGCCGGAGCUUUGGUCGCUGCUGCACUUCCUCCUCCCGGAUGUCUUCUCCGACCUCACGCAGUUCCAGAACUGGUUCGACUUUUCGCAGCAGGACGACGCCGACGGCGACAAGGAGGCGAGCAAGCGCGUCAAGGUGGUCGAGAAGCUCCACGGCAUCCUGAAGCCGUUCUUGUUGCGCCGCCUGAAGGGCGACGUUGAGACCAACCUCCCGCGCAAGAAGGAGAUUGUCCUCUACGCGCACAUGGUGGAGACGCAGAAAAAGUUCAACGACGCGCUGGUGAACAAGACCAUCGCGGACGUGCUCAAGAAGAUCUCGGGCGACUCCGGUCUGGUUCCCGCCGGUUCCACGGCGCUCAACAACAUGCUGAUGCAGCUGCGUAAGAACUGCAACCACCCGGACCUCAUCUCGGGAGGUCUGGACGGGAGCAUCAUGUUCCCAUCCGCGGAUGAGCUGGUGGAGCAGUGCGGCAAGUUCCGCCUGCUGGACCGCCUGCUGACAAAGCUUCGGGAUAAGGGACACAAGACUCUCAUCUUCUCCCAGAUGACGAAGAUGCUCGACUUGAUCGAGUCCUACCUCGAGCAGAAGGGCCAGAAGGUUUGCCGCAUCGACGGGAGCGUGCAAUGGCAGGAGCGGAAGAAGCAGAUGGACGAGUUCAACACCAACCCCGAGUACGGCGUCUUCCUCCUCUCAACCCGCGCGGGUGGCCUCGGCAUCAACCUCACCGCCGCGGACACGGUCAUCAUCUACGACUCGGACUGGAACCCGCAUCAGGAUAUGCAGGCGAUGGACAGGUGUCACCGCAUCGGACAGACGAAGCCCGUGCACGUGCUGCGCCUGGCGACCGCGCACUCGGUGGAGGGGAAGAUGCUGUCGAGGGCGAACAGCAAGCUCGCGCUGGAGAAGCUCGUCAUCACCAAGGGCAACUUUCGCCAGGAGAUUGGCAAAGAGGCGGAAGACGGCGGCAAGCGCCCGAAGGCUUCCGGCGGGGGCGUCAGUACCGAUGAGCUCAUAGCCCUGCUCAAAGGGGACGUGUCGGAUUCCGACGGCCUGGCGCAGAGCGCGGAUAUCUCUGAGGCGGACCUAGAGAUGAUCAUGGACAGGCGGGACCUGCUGGGCCAAAAGAAACCCAACCAGCCCGUUGGGCCCGGUUGGGAGGAGGUGGAGGAUCGCAGCGGUAUGUCGCUGCUGGGGAACGUGAGCAAGGAUUAGAGGCGAACCACAGAUGGCGAGUGUAUAACUUCGCGAACAUGGCUCGCCUGCAGAAGCACCAUUCUUUCAAUAUGAUAACACGCGAAGUAUCU